AUGGCCUCCUCUGCAUCUCUUCCUUCGUCCGCUGAAUCAUCAUCAUCAUCAUCAACAGCUCGUCCGUGCAAAUAUGAUGUGUUUUUGAGUUUCAGGGGUCCUGACACUCGGAGGGGAAUUACUUCUCAAUUAUAUGAUCAGCUGCAUAACAAGAGAAGAAUUGCAACAUUCUUGGAUGAUCGAGAUCUUGAAGUAGGGGAUGCUAUAUCUCCCACUCUACUAAAAGCAAUUGAAGAAUCAUGGUUUGCAAUUGUUGUCCUUUCUCCAAACUAUGCCUCUUCUACUUGGUGUUUGGAGGAACUUGCAAAGAUCUGUGAGUGGAUGGAAGGAAACAACAGAAUUCUUCCACUUUUUUAUAAUGUCGAGCUUACUGAUGUAAGACAUCAAAAGGGAUGUUUUGAAGAAGCUUUCAACAAGCAUGAAAGCUCUGGGCGACACACAUCAGAGAAGGUGCAGCGGUGGAAGGAUGCUUUGAGCAAAGUGGCCAGUUUCUCUGGGUGGGAUUCAAACAAUUACAAAACUGAUACAGAACUUGUGGAGAAAAUUGUGGAUUCUGUGUUCAAAAGAAUACAACCUUUUGACGUUGAGUUUACAAUGUCCACCCGAGAUUUUGAAGCGUAUGAAGCAACAAGAAAAUCCAUGGGUGAGAUUAUUAAGAAGCUUAAAGAUGACAACGUCACUGCCAUUGGGGUCUACGGAAUGGGCGGAGUCGGCAAGACAACCCUGGUAAAACAUGUCGCUGCUCAAUUAUGCAAAAAUGGGAUUUUUCAUCAUGUGGUUAUGGUUGUUGUAUCCCAAAGCCCCAACAUCGAAAGAAUUCAACACACAUUAUUGGCGAAGCUACAGGGCCCUGACUUCCAGUUACAAGAAAGUGAAAGAGCCUCUAGAUUGUAUAAAGAGAUAAUGAGGAAAACCAAUGUCCUCAUAAUCUUGGACGACGUUUGGGGGUUUAUAGAUUUGUUAGAAAUGGGAAUUCCCAGCUAUGACGAGCUCAAAAAAUGCAAUUCCAAAGUCUUACUCACCACCAGGAGUCGGCAUGUUUGUCAUUCCAUGGACAGCCAAGCAAGCAUUCCUCUCCAUUUCUUAUCAGAACCAGAUUCCUGGAGCUUGUUUGUCAAGAAAACAAGAAGAUCUUUUGAUACCCCUGAUUUUGAUAUUGUAGCGAGGAAGGUAGCUAGAGAAUGUAGGGGUCUACCGAUUGCCCUGAUAGCUGUUGCAAGGGCACUUGGAGAUAAAGAUCUGGCGGAAUGGCAAUCAGCAGCUCAACAAUUAAAGAAGUCGCAAAUGGCCAGCCCUGACCAUGAUGACACAGCUUUCAAAUGUUUGAAAUUAAGCUAUGAUUACUUGAAAAAUGAGGACUACAAAUCAUGCUUCUUGUUGUGUUGCCUAUUUCCAGAAGACUAUGACAUCCGAAUCGAAGACUUGUUCAAGUAUGCAAUUGGGAAAGGAUUGUUUCGAGACACCGACACAAUAUAUGAAGCCAGAGCAAUAGCAGAUACAGUGGUCAAGCACCUGAUAGAUUCUAGCUUGCUUUUGGAUAGUGAAUAUUAUGGUGGACGUGUAAGGAUGCACGACGUCGCCCGGGAUACAGCCAUGGGAAUUGCAAAAUGUGAAGAUGGACAUGGGUUUUUGGUGAGAGCUGGAUGUGGUCUUAAGGAUUGGUCAUGUCGAUCACAUGAAGACUACUAUGCUAUCUCACUAAUGGAGAAUAAACUUCACAGUCUACCCGAAGAGUUGAUAGGUCCAAAACUGAAGAUUUUAUUACUACAAGGGAAUCGGUAUUUAAAUGAGAUCCCAGAUACCUUUUCCCAAAGUCGGAAUGAAUUAAGAGUGUUAGAUCUUAGCCGCACCAACAUUUCAUUGCUGCCCCAAUCAUUCAAUCUCCUGACCAAGCUCCAAGCUUUGCAUCUAGAUUUUUGCUUGAAAGCAGUUGACAUUUCCAUAGUCGGAAAACUUAAGAAGCUUGAGAUUCUUAGUAUGAGACAAUAUCCUCUUACGGAGCUGUCUAGAGAAAUAGGAAAUUUGACCAAUCUAAGGAUGUUGGAUAUCGGUGGCAGUAGUUUUAAAGGUGGAGGUAUUGUCACAAUUCCAUCUGAAGUGAUAUCAAAGCUGCAUAAAUUAGAAGAAUUGUACAUGAUGUAUUGUGGAUUUGUGAACUGGGAAAGUCCAAUUGAGGGAGAAGGAGAUCAAAUCAAUAUUGGCUUUGGUGAGCUAGCUGGUUUAUCAAAGUUAAAAAAUUUGCAAGUUUCCUUACCUAAUGCAGAAUGCAUCCCUAAAAAUGUCGAGGUCGAACCGGGUUGGUUUUACUUUGAUAUACGUAUUGGCGGAUGCACAAGCGAUCCAAAUUAUCAGUUUGAUCGUAAAUCAAGAUCCUUGCUUCUUCGUGAAAUAACCAUCAGUACCUUACCUGAUUGGUUUAUCAAAGCGGUGACAGAGAAAACAGAGAAGCUAGAGUACAAGCGCUGCAAAGGGAUGAGUGACAUUGUUAUGGAAUAUGACCAGAGGAGGUUAGGUAAACUCAAACAUCUCAGAGUAUGUGGGGAUUUAAGUGAUUCCUAUGUGUACUUGAAAGAGUUGAUGAACACAACAAGACGAGUUGAAACAGGACCCGUGUUUGAGAAUUUGGAAGAGUUGCGUCUGAUAUUUCUAAUCCACCUGGAGGAGUUGUGUGUUGAGACUACCAAAUCUGGAGAAACUAGAUUUAAACUGUGUGUAUGA